AUGGAUCCGGCGUCCGAGGAGCUCGAGCGCCGCAGCCGCUAUCUCAGCUCGCUCAUCCGCCGCACCAAGCUCAGCGCCGCCCCGGCUCCCCCUCCUCAGCCGGAGCCCGAGCCCGAGCCCGAGGUGGCGCCACCGAAUCCUGAGCCGGAGCCCGAGCCGAAGGCCGCGGUUGGGAAGCGCGGGGAGGCCAAGGCGGCGGAGCCAGUGGCCGAGGAGGAGGAGAAGGAGGAGAAGCGGGAGGCCAAAGAGGCGGGGGACGGGAAGGGGAAGGACGACGGGGGUCCCAAGGAGGACGACAGCAGCAGGAAGGUGUCGGUGCGGGUGCGCGCGGCCGACAUGCCCCUCCCGCUGCAGCGCCGCGCGGUCCGGCUCGCCUACGAAGCCAUCGCCGCCAUGCCGCGCCUCGACAGCAAGCGCCUCGCCCUCGCGCUCAAGAAGUUAUUUAUAGCCAUACAGCCAAGGACCACGCAAAUUGAUUCGCCCAUCAGUACAGCAGAGGCGAUCUGGAUGAGGAAGGCAACGGUGUAG